CUCCAGCUCUCUCUCCAUCUUGCAUAUCCUGGGGGCCUCUUCAGCAGGAGAAGGAGCCAUCCGGGUGGUGGUUUGCCCUGCAGGCUGGUGUGGGAAAGGUCAUAUCACAAACAACCCACACUGAUCUGCCCUCACCCCUCUGUGGCUGCUUCCCCCCGCUGUGGGGGUCCCAGCACCCCCUGUCUGCCCUUGGGGCGAGGGGCAGAGUGCACUGAGUGAGGUCCAGCAGGUUUUGGGCUGAGCAAACACCGUGUCAGCAUUGUCUUGCCCACAGCCAGCCGGUGAGCACAGCACGGGGGACACCAGGGGUUGACAUGGCCAGUGUCAUCCUGGAGAGCAUCUUCUUGAAGCGCUCGCAGCAGAAGAAGAAAACAUCUCCCCUCAACUUCAAGAAGCGCCUGUUCCUGCUGACAGAGAGCAAGCUGUCCUACUACGAGUAUGACUUUGAGCGGGGGCGCCGGGGCAGUAAGAAGGGCUCUGUGGACAUUGAGAAGAUCACCUGUGUGGAGACAGUGGCACCUGAAAACAACCCUCCCCCUGAGCGACAGGUCCCGAGGAAAGGGGAGGAUUACAACAACAUGGAGCAGAUCUCAAUCAUCGAACGGUUCCCCUACCCCUUCCAGGUGGUCUAUGACGAGGGGCCCCUCUACAUCUUCUCCCCGACGGAGGAGCUGCGCAAGCGCUGGAUCCAUCAGCUGAAGAGCGUGAUUCGGUACAACAGCGACCUGGUCCAGAAGUACCACCCCUGCUUCUGGAUCGACGGCCAGUACCUGUGCUGCUCCCAGACAGCCAAGAACGCCAUGGGCUGCCAGAUUCUGGAGAGCAGGAAUGGCAGUUUAAAAGUCGGGCGGUCGCAUCGCAAGACAAAGAAGCCCCUUCCCCCAACUCCUGAGGAGGACCAGAUGGUGAUGAAGCCUCUGCCUCCCGAGCCAGCCCCCAGCACAGCAGGGGAGAUGAAGAAGGUGGUGGCCCUCUACAACUACGAGCCAAUGAACGCCCAGGACCUGCAGCUGCACAAGGGCAAGGAGUACUUCAUCCUGGAGGAGAGCCACCUGCCCUGGUGGAAAGCCCUUGACAAGAACGGGAGGGAAGGAUACAUCCCCAGCAACUACGUCACUGAAACCAGAAAUUCCCUGGAGAUCUUUGAGUGGUACUCAAAGAAUAUCACUCGGAGCCAAGCAGAGCAACUGCUGAAACAGGAGGGUAAGGAAGGGGGCUUCAUUGUCCGAGAUUCCACCAGCAAGACAGGGAAAUACACUGUCUCCGUCUAUGCCAAGUCCUCUGCAGACCCCCAAGGCAUGAUCCGCCACUAUGUCGUCUGCUGCACGCCCCAGAAUCAGUAUUACCUGGCAGAAAAACACCUCUUCAACAGCAUCCCAGAGCUCAUCACCUACCACCAGCACAACUCUGCAGGGCUCAUAUCCAGACUGAAGUACCCCGUGUCUCAGCACAAGAAAAGUGCUCCUUCCACAGCUGGCCUUGGCUAUGGUUCAUGGGAGAUUGACCCCAAGGAUCUGACCUUCCUGAAGGAACUGGGGACAGGGCAGUUUGGCGUGGUGAAGUACGGGAAAUGGAGAGGCCAGUACAACGUUGCCAUCAAGAUGAUCAGGGAGGGCUCCAUGUCAGAGGACGAGUUCAUUGACGAAGCCAAAGUCAUGAUGAACCUGUCUCACGAGAAGCUGGUGCAGCUCUAUGGGGUCUGCACUAAGCAGCGUCCCAUCUUCAUCAUCACUGAGUACAUGGCCAAUGGCUGCCUCCUGAACUUCCUGAGGGAAACACGGCAGCGCUUCCAGCCUGCCCAGCUGCUGGAGAUGUGCAAGGAUGUCUGUGAAGCUAUGGAGUACCUGGAAUCCAAGCAGUUCCUGCACAGAGACCUGGCUGCUCGAAACUGUCUGGUGAAUGACCAAGGAAUUGUGAAAGUGUCAGAUUUUGGUCUUUCCAGGUACGUGCUGGAUGAUGAGUACACGAGCUCCAUGGGGUCCAAGUUUCCAGUGCGGUGGUCUCCUCCUGAAGUGCUGCUGUACAGCAAGUUCAGCAGCAAGUCUGAUGUCUGGUCCUUUGGCGUCCUGAUGUGGGAAGUUUACUCCCUGGGAAAGAUGCCUUACGAGAGGUUUAACAACAGCGAGACAACCGAGCACGUCAUCCAAGGCCUGCGCCUGUACCGGCCGCAGGCGGCCUCGGAGCGGGUCUAUGCCAUCAUGUACAGCUGCUGGCACGAGAAGCCUGAGGAGCGCCCCACCUUCACCGUGCUGCUGAGCAGCAUCCUGGACAUGGCUGAUGAGGAGUGCUGACCACGGGCACUGCCUCUGACCCUGCCCAGUGCUGCCACUGCCCCACAGGGCACACCCGCACACUGGCUGGCACAGUCCUCACGGACACGGGUGUGCAGGAGCCUGGACGGGAGCCCCACGGCUGCGCCCGCGGCUCCAUCACGUGCUCAGAGCUCCAUCACCACCCUAGAGCUCCAUCACACCCCUGGAGCUCCAUCACCACCCUGGAGCACCAUCAUAUGCUCAGCUCUAUCACCACCCCAGAACUC